CGUUCAGGUCCACGAAAUGAUGGGUGACAUCGCGGAGGACCUGGACAUGGCCAAGGAGAUCACAGAUGCCAUUUCCAACCCAGUUGCCUUCGGUCGGAACAUGGACGAAGACGAGCUCGAACGGGAACUGGAAGAACUAGAGCAGGAGGAAACGCACAGAGAACUGAUCGCGGUGGACUCUUCCAAAUGGCUCCCCAAGCACUUGACGGAGGAAGCAGCCGUUCCCGGCUGGCCUAUCCGCUCGGGCCCUGCGAGGCGCCAAGCGGAAGUCGAUGACGAAGACAUGAGGCAGUUGGCCGCCUGGGCAACGUAAAACUCGGCAUCGCAUGCAAAAUGGAAACGAAUGUGCCUCAUGUGAUACCAAACGAAUAGUAGUCCGAUCGACUCGCAAUGGCACAAACCAGGAAGAAGAAAAUGUGG